AUUUUGGACUGGGCAGGUUCUUGACUGGGGGGUAUUGUCUGUAGAAGAGGAGGGAGAAAAGUAUUAGUGAUUGUAAAUGAUCAUAGUGUGGAUCAGAUUCUAUUUUGUACAAAACCUGGUAAAAUUGGCGCAACACUGGGUACUGCACUACCGCUCAUUUCUCUUGUACCAUCAGUAAACUUGGCUAUUCAGCUACGCACUAUCUAGAUGUGUGACAGCAGCACUUCAUCGCCGGCAGCCGAAAAGGGAGAGAGAAGGACAGCCGUAAGCCCCGGGACGGACAGCAAAGGGAGUUUAGUCCAUUCUGUCGGUCCGGUGUGGGCACCUGAACGUCUCCCAGUAAAGCGACUCGUCUCGGCUGCCCAGUGAGGAAGAGGAGGGAGGACGACGAUCGCCCCUUUGUCUUCGCCGCGGGUUCAGUUUAACGUUAACUAGCUACAGAUCGCCUCAAGUGUGGAGUAGCUAGCCGCCUGAUUUUACUCAAGCAGAUAGGAAGCAUGUUUCAGCUCCCUGUAAACAACCUCUAUAGUUUACGGAAAGCCAGGAAAAAUGUGAAGAAGGUUCUGAGCGAUAUCGGCUUGGAGUACUGCAAGGACCACGUAGAGGACUUCAAGGAGUUUGGUCCCAAUGACUUCUAUGUCAAAAAUACCACCUGGGAUGACCUGUGCAUGUGGGAUCCAUCAUUAACUAAAGCACAGGAGUACAGGUCGAAGCCCUUCUGGUGUUCCGGUUGUUCCUUCUCUUCGAAGUUCUUCUCGGCCUACAAGAGCCAUUUCCGCAAUGUGCACAGCGAGGACUUCGAGAGCCGCAUCCUGCUCAAUUGCCCCUACUGUACCUUCUAUGGGAACAAGGCGACACUGGAGACACACAUCCGACUGUUCCAUGUGCCCAGCAACGCAGUACGUCAGGCUGGCGGAGCCGCAGCAGCCGGCUCGAAGGAGGCGGGCCGGCUGGACGGCAGCAGCCCCAAGCCACGAUCUGGUGACAGCGUGGAGCAGGCCGUGUACUACUGCAAGAAAUGCACGUACCGUGACCCACUCUACAAUGUGGUGCGCAAACAUAUCUACCGGGAGCACUUCCAGCAUGUGGCGGCACCGUAUGUCUCAAAAGCCUCUGAGAAGUCCGUCAAUGGCGGGACGUCCGCUUCAUCCACGGCACCUUCCCGCGACACCGACGCCAUCCACUGCAAACGCUGCCUGUUCAUACCGCGCACGUACGAGGCCCUGGUGCAGCAUGUCAUUGAGGACCAUGAGCGUAUUGGCUACCAGGUGACGGCUAUGAUCGGCCACACCAGCGUGGUUGUGCCACGUGCACAGCCUCUGAUGAUGAUCUCCCCAAAAACCCAGGACAAGAGCAUCCUGGGGGUGUCGUCCAAGGGCACUGUGGUGACCACUGGUGUUCGCACCCUCACCACGCAGCAGCUAAGCCGGCUGUCACUGCCUAAGACUGGGCUGUUGUCGGCCGUGCCCCUGAAGCCGGGCCAGUUUGGUAUAAAAGGGUCCACGGCACAGGCCUUCUCGGUUGGUCAGCAGGUGCGCAUCACCCUUCCAGGUAACACACAGGUGACCAUCCCGCAGCAGUCACACACCAUCCGGCAGAACGCAAGCGCGCAGGGGGUCGGGGCGGGUGGCCAGGCGGCGGCCCGCACGGGUGUCCAGGCGGGGGCGGGCUCUUCCUCAACGACCCCGUCAUCCGCCCUCUCGUCCACACUGAAGACCGUAUCACUACCCUCGCGGGUACAGGCAGCUGCCGCCACGGUGACCUCAGUGAGCCCCGGUAAGAAGGCGGGCAGCGGUGGCAGCUCCCUGCUGGGCACGUCCUACACGCAGAAGUGGAAGAUCUGCACCAUCUGCAAUGAGCUGUUCCCUGAGAACGUGUACAGCGCGCACUUCGAGAAGGAGCACAAGGCAGAGAAGGUACGUGCCGUGGCCAACUACAUCAUGAAGAUCCACAACUUCACCAGCAAGUGUCUCCACUGCAACCGCUACCUGCCCAGUGACACGCUGCUCAACCACAUGCUGAUCCACGGCCUGUCGUGCCCGCACUGCCGCAACGUCUUCCAUGACGUGGAGAAGCUGGUGGCGCACACGCGUGCUGCACAUUCGGAUGAGGCCGCAGGGCCCCGCAAUGACUCGCCACUCACCUUCGACCUCACGCUGCAGCAUGGCAACCCCAAAAACGUCCAGCUGAUCGUCACCACCUACAAUAUGAGGGAUGCACCUGAAGAGUCAGUGGCCUUCCACGCACAGAAUAACUUCUCUUCUGCUGCGCAAGGCAAGAAGGUGGCACCCAAGAUCCCAGAGGGGCCACCCAAUACGUUGGCAAAGAGCGUACCCCAGGCCGCUGUACCCUACAAGAAAGACGUGGGCAAGACGCUAUGCCCCCUCUGCUUUUCCAUCCUGAAGGGCCCCAUCUCCGAUGCACUGGCGCACCACCUGCGUGAGCGCCACCAGGUCAUACAGACGGUGCACCCGGUGGAGAAGAAGCUCACUUACAAGUGCAUCCACUGCCUGGGCGUCUACACCAGCAACAUGACGGCAUCCACCAUCACACUGCACUUAGUGCACUGCCGUGGCGUGGGGAAGACGCAGAAUGGGCCUGAGCCCCGGCCCACAGGCACACCCCUGGCCCCCCUCAAACGUGAGCCUGAGCCUGCGGACUCGCCUCCCACCAAGAGGCUCAAGUCACAGGAGCCAGGGCACCGAACGCCUCCGGGGCCAACAGGGAAGACUGAAGAGCCUGUCGUCUUGGCGCUGGACCCCAAGGGCCACGAAGACGCAUCGUACGAAACACGCAAGGCCUUUCUGACGUCUUACUUCAACCGUCAGCCAUACCCAUCUCGCCGUGAGGUUGAGAAGCUGGCCGCCAGCUUGUGGCUGUGGAAAUCGGAUGUCGCCAGCCACUUUGCCAACCGGCGGCGGACGUGUCUCCAGGACUGCGAGAGGCGGGGGCAGGUCGUGCUGCUGGGCUUCAACGUAAGCCAGCUCAGCCGUGUCCAGCACGAGCUGGACCUUGAGCCUGAGGUGGUUCCUGAGAAUGCCGGCAAGAAUAAGAGUCGGACAUCCAAGGCGAUUAUUGGCCGCUCCGCGGAGGUGCUUAGCCGCUGGCGUCGGCAGAGGGCUGCAGGAGGCGGCCAGAGCCAGAGGAGGCUGGGGAACAGCGGGCCAAGCAGGACAAUCAGAAGUGCCGCCAGGGCUCCUGAGAAAGUAUCAGAACCCAUCGCCGUGGAUUCCGACAGCGGGCCAGAAGGGGAGGUCGGCUCUGGGACAAAAAACACCAGGGCUAACGAGAGGAGGGCAUUAGAGCUUGGUGAAAAGGAGACACCCCCCAGGAGAGACACUCCAUGCACCGACGGCCCUGCCCGGGGGGUAGUGGAGGAGAAGGGAGGCCUUGCUGAUACAGUAGCAGGUUCACCAGAACAUCCUCACUGCACGGGUCAGACGCCAGCGAGCCACAGCGAAAACGGUUAUGGGGACGAGCAGCCAGAAAGAACCUCUGGGGGCCCGGAGGAGGACGAAGAGAUGGUGGGCAGCAGCCGUUCCCCCUCCCCAGUGUGGCAGGACCAGCGUGACCCGGGACACGAGAUGUCCAAAGAGGGCGGGGCUGGGGGAGCAGAGCCAGUGUCUGGACUGCGGACUGGGGGCGUGGAGCUUGGCAGCCAGCAAGCAUGAGACAUGGACGUGCACACGGUCCGUCACACGCACACGUCACUGCUUACCUCAGACUCAGAGCUACCCCACAGCGAACAGUCCGGAGUGGUGACCCGGGAGGCGGGACUGACGGCCUCCUGUUCGCCCACAAGCCAUCCUCAAGGAGACGGAGACAAAGAUUUUCUUUUCUUUUUGUAUAUGAAAGACAGUUUAGCUGCUUUUUGUAAUUUCCCACCGUGGCAAAACCAACAAAAGAUUAUAAGCUGCCAUUUGUGCAGGAAAUGCAGUGUUGAAGACUUGGUGGUACUUGGUUACGUCUUCAGUAUACUUUACGUGUUCAGAUGCUUACUCAACGAUCAUGAUUUAUUUGGCCCCAGAGAGCUGGGCAGGUAAUGAUGUUCUGAAGAAGAAAAGGAAAAGUGACAAACCCUAAUUUCAUAGUCGUACACAAUACUGUAAAUUUGUACAGUCUUUUAGACCAAUUUUAGGAGACUUGGUUGCUAUAGUCAGUGUAUCCUUGCUAUAUUUGCUACUCUCUUCAUGCACAAGUUAAGUCAUAAGGUCUACCUUGGGCCCCUCUUAUGGAUAGAAAGUGCUGUAAUGUCUUCAUUUGUUUAUUCUUUUGUGACAAAACUAUAGUAUUUUGCAUAAAAUCUCCUAUAUAAUCGUAAAAUUGCAGAUUAACAGUCGGCUAUUUUCCCCCCUACUCUUUGCUGUUAAAACUGCCCCCGCCCUCCCAUUUUUCGAUAAAGCUCAUCUUGCUAGCCUACGUUGAGUAGCCGUGUUGCUGCUCUCGUCGGCAUUUUUGUAGUUCAGAGAUUAAUCUGGCUGACUUUACCUUUCUGAAAGGUUUCAUUAUUUUGUAUGAGAAUUUGCACCCGUUUUGUGGUGUGAGCGAUUAUCAUUAAUUAUUACUCUGUAUGGGAUGUUAAUUUGUGAUCUGUCGUUAUCCCCCCUCUGUGUCCCCUUCUCCUGAAUAAUUAAAGUGCUGUAUUGUGGUUCGCUCCAGUGAGCACUUUAGGUUCCCCUUUAUUUUUGCACCCCCACCCCUGCUGCCCCCCCACACACACACACACCACACAGCGCUCCCUCAAAGCUGGUGUUUUUUUUUUUUGUUUUGUUUUUUUACCUUGUAGCAAUGCAUUUUCAGGGGGCGGGGCAUGGCAGUGUCCCUGGGUACUCAUUGGACACAAUGUAGCACGUUUGCCUCGGACCACUCAGGGAGUAGACCCCCCUCCUCCGGUGGACCAGGAUGGUGUGCUGCUGCGAUUCGAGGCCCGACAGCCCUGACCUGUGAAGCAGCCGACCACAGGUUGACCUUAGUGCUGCAAGUAUCUCAACAAUUGGUUUUUAUUUAUGCUGAAUACUAUUUUUGUGUACUGUUAUGUUGUGGAGGGGCAUAAAUAAACAAUAUAACAAAGAGA